ACCGCGGUAGUAUAGCGGCGCGAUUUGUGCAACAAAAUUGUGUUUUUGGACCCUAAAAUGGAACAAAAUGAACAUUCGGAUAGAAAAACAAUAAACAAUUUCCCGGCAAAAUUAUUAACCGCAACUAAACGCAGUUCAAACUAGAUUAUUUUUUUUUUAAUUUCUUUUAUUGAUUGUUACACUCAGUUCUUACGGCAACAGUUUAAGUUCGAUUACCGUUUAGUUAUUUUAGUUUCCAAUGAAUCUGUAACUCGAAGAAACUGUAACGGACAGAAGGAUAGAGAAAAGAGAGAAAAAGAAGAUAAGAGAAAAUGGCGCUUGCUUCUUCCGUGAGCUUAUACUACUCGAUAGUACAACGAGCUGCGAGGCAUUACUUAGAAGAUUACUGUCAUACAGAUACGACAGCACCUUACGUACUCUACAAAGAUGGCGUCGAGCGAGCACCCCCCGGCACGCAGUGGGGCGGUGCCGUGCUCGAUGGAGGCUACCAAACCAUGCAGCACCAGAGCCCGGGCGGCCCUUCGCCCCAACCAGAGCCGCAGCUGGCCUCUCCAGCGCCGUCACCAUACCCGCCGGCACCACCGCCUCCAGACCCGUCAGCGGAUGAAGCCGCACAGCAACUAGCUCAGCAACAAGCGCAACAACAGGCUCAACAGCAAGCCCAACAACAAACUUCGCCAGAACACAUGCAAGUAGAACAGCAACUGCAGAGUCAGACUCAACAGCCGUCACAAGAUCAUCUAGACCGCACGCCUUGCUUCGUCCCUCAACCAGAUUUACAACAGCAGUACGCGACGCCGUAUUUCAAAGAAGCCAGACCCACUAGCCACAUGCUCGGAACUGGUGGCUUUCCAUUACACUAUCUGAAACAAAAUGGAGGCGUCCUAUCAUUAGAGGGACCUUUAGAUCAGUAUGCAACGCCAGACUUGCGGCAUCUACCCGACAUUGUGCAGCCUGAACCACCUAAGCCACGGAAACACAAUCCAAACUCUGAGUUGCGCUUGUUCAAAUGCCUCACAUGCGGCAAAGACUUCAAGCAGAAGUCGACGCUGUUACAGCACGAGAGAAUCCACACAGACUCGCGGCCGUACGGGUGCCCGGAGUGCGGCAAGCGGUUCCGCCAGCAGUCUCACCUCACGCAGCAUCUGCGCAUCCACGCGAACGAGAAACCAUACGCUUGCGUGUAUUGCCCGCGAUCGUUCCGGCAGCGCGCCAUCCUGAAUCAACACCUGCGCAUCCAUUCCGGUGAGAAGCCCUAUACGUGCGGCGAAUGCGGCAAACAUUUCCGCCAGAAGGCCAUCCUCAACCAGCACGUCCGAACACACCAAGACGUUUCGCCGCACCUGAUCUUCAAGAAUGGCACCACGCCGACGCUGUGGCCUCAAGAUGUGCCCUUCCCGCCCGAUGAGAACAAAGAGGAAAUACAAUCCACCUUUGGAGACGCAGAUGGACAAAACGGCGAGCAGCGUGGGUCCUGUUUCUCUCCUGGAGACACAGCGCAGUAUCCCGCCUACUUUAAAGAUACAAAGGGUCUUAAUCACACGGGUGGUAAGCUCCCAGACGUGCUUGGCGGACGCGCGAUGCCGCUAUACGUCCGCUGUCCCAUUUGCCAAAAAGAGUUCAAACAAAAGUCAACUUUGCUCCAACAUGGAUGCAUUCAUAUAGAAUCUCGACCAUAUCCGUGCCCGGAGUGCGGUAAGCGUUUCCGCCAACAAUCUCACUUAACUCAGCACUUGCGCAUCCACACCAACGAGAAGCCGUACGGUUGCGUCUACUGUCCCCGGUUUUUCCGGCAGCGGACUAUUCUGAACCAGCAUCUCCGCAUUCACACCGGAGAAAAACCCUACAAGUGCACACAGUGCGGUAAAGACUUCAGGCAAAAAGCUAUUCUCGACCAACACACAAGGACCCAUCAAGGCGACAGGCCAUUCUGCUGCCCCAUGCCGAACUGCCGUCGGCGGUUCGCCACCGAGCCUGAGGUCAAAAAGCAUAUAGAUAACCACAUGAACCCGCACGCGGCUAAAGCGCGACGCGCUGACGCCAAGACGCCGCGCCCGCUGCCGCCGGCAUCUGCGGUCGUGAAGCCGGAGCUGUACUUCCCGCAGUGCUACGCGCCGCCGUUCCAGCAGUUCUCGUCCGGCGCGGAGUUCAAGCCGGCCGUGGGGCCGGGCGCGACGGUGGCGUGCCUGCCGGCGCAGUGACCCACGCCCCCGCGGUGGCCGCCCGGGCCUCCCGCACCGCACCACGCGCCUCCGCACGCGCCCUCUCACCACGACCUCUACGUCGACCGCCU